CCUGGACUGGGGAAAGCAAGGAGGGAAAAGGAAACCUGGACCGAGAAGGCCGAGGAGGAAAGCGAAGAGUCUGGGCCCCGGAGAAGGCGAGGAGAAGAGCGAUAAACUAGGCAAAGGAAGCAACCGGGAGCGCGGGCCGGAGAGCCCCGAGAAGAGAAUCGGGAGCCCAAGGUAGUCUCCAGCUGGAAUGGAAUGGGAGCUGGGAAAGAGUACAGAAGUCAGGGACAAGAAGAGGCUAACGUGAGUGGUACCAGUAUAACUUAGUGAACUACCCCUUUUCUAAAGAGGAGCUCAAAGGAAAGACUGGUCAUCUCUUGCAAAUCUCAAAACCAUGGCUCAGGGAUCAGUGUCAUUCAAAGAUGUAACUGUGGACUUUACUCAGGAAGAGUGGCAGCACCUGGAUCCUGCUCAGAAGACACUGUACAUGGAUGUGAUGUUGGAAAACUAUUACCACCUCAUUUCUGUGGGGUGUCACAUGACCAAACCCGAUGUGAUCCUCAAGCUGGAACGAGGAGAAGAGCCAUGGACAUCAUUUGCAGGUGAUACCUGCUUGGAAGAAAACUGGAAAGCUGAAGACUUUUUAGUGAAAUUCAAGGAACACCAAGAUAAGUACUGUAGAACAGUAGUAAGCAUAAACCACAAAAAAAUGCUUAAGGAGAAGAGUAAUGUAUAUGAAAAGACAUUCACACUAAGCAAAAACCCUGUUAAUUCAAAAAAUCUACCUCCUGAAUAUGACACUCAUGGAAAGAUUUUGAAAAAUGUUUCAGAAUUAAUCAUCAAUAAUUUAAGUCCUUCAAGAAAAAGACUUAGUGAGUAUAAUGGACAUGGGAAAUCACUCCUCAAUACUAAGCAACAGACAGCUCAUCCAGAAGUCAAAUCCCGUAAUCAAAGUGGCAGGGCUUUCAGUCAUAAUGAAGUUCUUAUGCAGUAUCAGAAGGUGGAAACUCCAGCACUGUCAUUUGGAUAUAAUGACUGUGGGAAAUCAUUCCUUAAAAGGGGAGGCUUAAUUACACACAAUAGAGCUUACAGAGGGGAAAACUCAUCUGUAUAUAAUAAAAAGAGAAGAGCAACCAAUACUGAAAAAAAACAUACAUGCACUGAAUGUGGGAAAUCCUUCUGCAGGAAGUCAGUGUUGAUUCUGCAUCAGGGAAUUCACACAGAGGAAAAACCCUAUCAAUGUCAUCACUGUGGAAAUGCAUUUAGAAGGAAGUCAUAUCUUGUUGAUCAUCAGAGAACUCACACAGGAGAGAAACCCUUUGUUUGUAAUGAAUGUGGUAAGUCUUUCCGCCUAAAGACAGCCCUCACUGAUCAUCAGAGAACACAUACAGGGGAGAAAUCAUAUGAAUGUCCACAGUGUAGGAAUGCCUUCAGAUUGAAGUCACACCUCAUCCGUCAUCAGAGAACUCACACAGGAGAGAAACCGUAUGAAUGUAAUGACUGCGGGAAGUCUUUCCGCCAGAAGACAACACUCUCUCUACAUCAGAGAAUUCAUACAGGGGAGAAACCCUACAUUUGUAAAGAAUGUGGAAAGUCCUUUCACCAGAAGGCAAACCUUACUGUACAUCAGCGAACUCAUACAGGGGAGAAGCCCUAUAUUUGUAAUGAAUGUGGGAAAUCCUUCUCCCAGAAGACAACACUUGCUCUUCAUGAGAAAACUCAUAAUGAGGAGAAACCGUAUAUUUGUAAUGAAUGUGGGAAGUCAUUCCGCCAGAAGACAACCCUCGUAGCACAUCAGAGAACACACACAGGGGAGAAAUCUUAUGAAUGUCCUCACUGUGGGAAGGCCUUUAGAAUGAAGUCAUACCUCAUUGAUCAUCACAGAACUCACACAGGAGAGAAACCAUAUGAAUGUAAUGAAUGUGGGAAAUCAUUCAGUCAGAAGACAAAUCUCAAUCUACAUCAGAGAAUCCAUACCGGGGAGAAACCCUAUAUCUGUAGUGAAUGUGGGAAGUCCUUUCGCCAGAAAGCAACCCUCACAGUACAUCAGAAAAUACAUACAGGACAGAAAUCCUAUGAAUGUCCUCAGUGUGGGAAAGCCUUUAGUAGGAAGUCAUAUCUCAUUCAUCAUCAAAGAACUCAUACAGGAGAAAAACCCUAUAAAUGUAAUGAAUGUGGCAAGUGCUUCCGCCAGAAGACAAAUCUCAUUGUACAUCAGAGAACUCACACAGGUGAGAAACCCUAUGUUUGUAAUGAGUGCAGUAAGUCCUUCAGUUAUAAGAGAAAUCUUAUUGUCCAUCAGAGAACUCACAAGGGAGAAAACAUUGAAAUGCAAUAAAUGAUGUGAUUUCUUUGUGAAGCCUUUACAAGUUAUGGUAGACCUUUAGUUUUAAAAAGAAAAGCAUGCUUAACAUGUUAAUGUAAUUUUAACCACAAGUGUAAUAAUAGUUAUUAAUUUAAAGUACCAUAUCACAGAACUAUUUACUGUUUACUAGCACAUUAUAUGGGUAUGAUCAUUAUUAUCGAACUUUAUCAGCUAUGAAGCUAAUUUUUAAAGUUUCAGCUGCUCCUAGUGGCUCAAAUAGUUUAUUUUUUAAAAAAUAUGAAAUACAUGCAGAGGCAAAGUAAAAAGUUAUUGUAAGACAGAGAAAAUAGCUAUGAACUAUAUUUCUCAUUGUGCUCUGUGUAAUAAAAAGUAGUUAGCGGUUGCUUCCCUAAAGAUUACCAUUUCCCUUGCUUAUA